AUGUGCACACUGAAGGCAGGUCUGAGCUUCAUCUGCCCCUACUGGGGUCGUUUUUUAUUAACCAUCCCACAGAUCCGGCCACAGGUCAUGUCCGUGAGACCCUUCAGCCCGGAGGCCGCCCGGAGGAUCGUGCAGAACCUCCAGCAGCCGGCCGUUUUCCCGAACAUGACCCGGGACUGGCCGGCUCUGCGCUGGACCGCGGAGCACCUGUCGGCCCGCCUGGGUCCCAGACCGGUGCGAUUCAGGCUGGGCAGAAAGCAGGAGAACAACACUCCUCUGUUUGAGACCCAGUGUUCUUACGUGGAGGCCGAGGUUUCUCAGUUUCUGAGCUGGACUCGGGGUCAGACCGAGGGGGGGCCUUUCUCCGAAUACCCCCCCUCUGAGUAUUGGGCUUACGCCGACUACAAAUACAUCGCCCAACUGUUCCAGGACCAGCCUUCCAUGUUUGAGGAUGUGAGGUGGUCGGAGUUCGGUUUUGAGGGGCGUAACGGGAGGGAGAGCACCCUGUGGAUGGGCACCCAGGGGGCCAACACGCCCUGCCACAUGGACUCCUACGGGUGCAACCUCGUGCUGCAGGUUCAAGGCCGGAAGCGCUGGCACCUGUUCCCCCCGGGGGAUGCGUCCGGCCUGUACCCGACCCGGAUCCCCUACGAGGAGUCCAGCGUGUUCAGCCGCGUGGACGUUCUCCGCCCGGAUAUCAGCCGGUUCCCCGCCUUCCAGAGGGCCAACGCCCACCUGGUCACGCUGCAGCCGGGCCAGGUUCUGUUUGUCCCCAGACACUGGUGGCACUACGUGGAGUCUGUGGACCCCGUCACGGUCAGCAUCAACUCCUGGAUUGAGCUGGAGGCCGAUGGCGUGGAGCGGGUGAAGGAGGCCGUUACCAGGACGAUCGUCUGCGCCAUUAAAGGCGCGGCGAGCGCCGAGAACACCGACGUCUGGCUGAACCCCACCGAGGCCCCGGCCAACAUGAAGUCCGUCCUGCAGGCCGGUUGGCUGCUCACCGUCGCCUUUGGGAACGUCAUCGUGCUGAUCGUGGCCGAGGGGGCGGGGCUAGAGCAGCUGAGCCAGAGGCAGAAGUUCUUCUCCAUCUUCUACAUGUCCAUCAACGCCGGCAGCCUCCUGUCCACCCUCAUCACGCCCAUUCUGAGAGAGCCCGGUGGUCACAUGACCAUACCUGGUCGGGUGACUCUACCUGGUCAGGUGACUCUACCUGGUCAGGUGACUCUACCUGGUCAGGUGACCAUACCUGGUCAGGUGACUCUACCUGGUCAGGUGACCAUACCUGGUCAGGUGACCAUACCUGGUCGGGUGAUUCUACCUGACCAGGUAAACAUAGUGGUGAAUCUACCUGGUCAGGUGACUCUACCUGGUCAGGUGACCAUACCUGGUUGGGUGACUCUACCUGACCGGGUAAACAUAGUGGUGAAUCUACCUGGUCAGGUGACCCUACCUGGUCAGGUGACUAUACCUGGUCAGGUGACCAUUACUGGUCAGAUGACCCUACCUAGUCAGGUGACCAUACCUGGUCAGGUGACUAACUGGUCAGAUGACCCUACCUAG